AUGGGAUCAACCACCGGUGAGGCGUAUAACGUAAUAAGCUCGCUAGAAAUUGCAGACGAAAAUUACUCGGUCGCGUGGGAUUUAUUGAUAGAAAGAUACGAUAACAAACGUGUUAUAGUACAGAAUCACCUUAAAGCCAUUGUGAAGUUGCCCGUUAUGAACAAAGAAAAUAUAUCCGAGUUGCGUCAAAUCACGGACGGAGCAUCUCGUCAUAUUCAAGCGUUAAAGGCGUUAAAGCGUCCUACACAUAAUUGGGACGAUCUGUUGAUUUAUUUGCUUAGUUCUAAACUCGACGCGGUCACAAGCCGCGAAUGGCGAAGGUCACUGGUCGGCGAUGAACUACCCACAUUUAAACAAUUUUUAGAUUUUUUGUCACACCAAUGUCACAUUAUCGAGUCAACGCAGAAGCCGAGUAGCGCCUCGGCAAAGAAUGUGAAUUCGCGAUCACAAGUAAACGGUAAGCAGAAAACGUCGUGUAAUACGGCCGUCAAGGCGAAAUGCGUUUUUUGUAACGGCGAGCAUCUUGUAUACCAAUGCAAAACAUUUUUGGACUUAACUGUCGCUCAGCGCAUAGAAAAUAUUCGAUCUCGCAAGUUGUGUUUGAAUUGUUUGCGUUCAACGGCUCAUAUCGCCAAUAAGUGUCCGUCAGGGGGCUGCAAAACUUGCUCCCGCAAGCAUAAUACGUUACUACAUAUUCCAGGCGCCGCUACCGAGCAAACCAAGGCGAUCGAAGGCCCGAAACAAGAGUCUAGCAUUUCGAGCUCAACGGAAUCAAACGGAUCCAGUGUGGUAGUAACACAUUCUUCGAGUUCAGCAUCGAGUGCCAGCUCUCUUUUAUCCACAGCAGUUGUGUUCGUUCAAAAUAAGGACGGCUCGCAACGUUCUUGUCGAGUUCUUCUAGACUCCGGGUCGCAAGCCAACUUCAUAACUAAAAACCUUUCAGUCGCUUUAGGGCUAGUCCCUCGUUCAAUAGAAAUCUCGGUGUCAGGUAUAAGCGGAACGGCAACACAAGCCAAGCAAGCGGUCCAAAUUAAAUUAACUUCUAGAAUAAGUGCCUUUUCAUGGGUCCUGGAUUGUAUUGUUGUUGACCACAUAACGGACGACCUUCCUGCGUUCACUGUCAAACGCCAAUCAUUUGAUAUUCCUCGCAACAUCCCUCUAGCAGAUCCUCAGUUUAACGUCUCCUCUGGCGUCGACGUGUUGAUUGGCACGGAAGUAUUCUGGAGUCUUAUAUGUAUAGGACAGAUUAGGGCAUCUGAUAAACAUCCAACGUUGCAGAAAACUAGAUUAGGAUGGAUAUUGGCAGGCAAGCUUAACAAAUGUCCUUCGCGUUCUCUAUGUGUUACUUCCCUACACGCUUCAGUUAGUAAUGUCGAAUUGAACGAUCAGCUCACAAACUUUUGGAAGAUGGAGGAUUUUAGGGGAGGUUCUAAAACAUACACUAUAGAAGAAAGGCUUUGUGAACAACACUUCGUAAAGACGACGUUACGGAACGAGCAAGGUAGAUACGUGGUUCAACUACCGCUUAAGCAACAAUUAGUCGAUAAUUUAGGCACAUCAAGGGAUAUUGCGCUAAAUCGUUUACGUUCGUUGGAAAGACGUUUCGAUAAGGAUCCCAAUUUAAGGGUGCGAUACUCGAACUUCAUACAUGAAUAUAUCGAUCUAGGUCACGUACGUCAGAUAUUGGAGGAGGAUCCAAAUGAACCCGGUGCUUAUUACAUGCCUCAUCACUGCGUGUUGAAAGAGGAUGCCAAGAGCACUAAGCUCCGCGUAGUUUUCGACGCAUCCUGCAAAGCGGAUAGCGGACUUUCAUUAAACGAUAUAAUGAUGGUAGGGCCGGUUAUUCAGGAUGAUCUUUUCUCCAUACUUUUAAGGUUUAGGAUUCAUCUUUACGUUCUCGUGGCAGACAUAGUUAAAAUGUAUCGGCAGGUAUUGGUCCAUCCAUCUCAAACGAAACUGCAGAGAUUUCUAUGGCGCGAUGACAAAACUUUAGACGUUCAAAUAUUUGAGUCGCUCGUUGUCACGUUUGGCGAAGCCGCAGCUGCCUUUUUGGUCAUAAGAUGUCUCAUCGAUUUAGCAGAGCGAUACGAAAAGGAAUUCCCGAUAGCGUCUUUGAUUCUAAAGCGUGACUUUUACAUGGACGAUAUGCUCACCGGAGCUGACUCGAAGCAGGAAGCAUUAGCAAUACGCGAUCAGAUAAUACCAUUAUUAAGAUUAGGCUCUUUUGAGCUUAGCAAAUGGGGGUCUAAUUGCCCUGAGUUAUUAGCGGGUAUUAGCGAUCGAAGUGACAGAGUCGUGCCUUUCGACAAGGACAACAAUUUCCGCGUAUUAG